AUCAUACAUCUAUAUAAAUGGGAUUUAGCCAUUGAGGUCCACCUACUCCACGCGUGGCCUUAAAGCAAUUUAAGAAAUAAAAGAGGGUAAGUUUCUGACUUCGAUUAUCCGAAGAAAGCCACACAACCAGCGCAGCAGCAAUGGUUGCCCCAGACAAGGAUCCUAGAGAGGAAGUCAUUCAAGCAUGGUACAUGGAUGAUAGUGAUGAAGAUCAGAGACUUCCCCAUCACCGGGAACCGAAGGAAUUUGUAUCCCUUGAACAACUUACUGAGCUUGGAGUACUGAGCUGGAAGUUGGAUGCUGAUAACUACGAAACGGAUGAGGAGUUGAAAAAAAUUCGAGAAGAACGUGGAUACUCCUACAUGGACUUUUGUGAGGUUUCUCCAGAGAAGCUGCCAAAUUAUGAAGAGAAGAUAAAAAACUUUUUUGAGGAGCAUCUUCAUACUGAUGAAGAGAUUCGCUAUGCUGUAGCAGGAAGUGGUUAUUUUGAUGUGAGGGAUCGUAAUGACCGCUGGAUUCGUGUAUGGCUGAAGAAGGGAGGAAUGAUUGUGUUGCCUGCUGGAAUUUAUCACCGCUUUACUCUGGACUCAAACAACUACAUUAAGGCAAUGAGGCUUUUUGUAGGAGACCCAGUUUGGACUCCAUUCAAUCGUCCCCAUGACCAUCUUCCUGCAAGGAAGGAGUAUGUUAAAGCUUUCGUGGAGAAGGAAGCUGGCAAUCAUGCUAUUAAUGCUGCAGCAUAAAAAUAUGGCUUUCGUUUCUCGUCUAAUAUUAUAUUAAUAAAGUCUAGUUUGAUUUCCUGGGUGCUUAGUUCACCAUUAUGCUUGUUGUGCUUCUGUUGCCUAGAAAUUACCAGUAACUGGUCCUGUCUGUAAGAAUUGCUAUAAAUUACUAGUAAAUGGGCGUUUAUCUGUAAUGCUAUGAAUUCUUCUUCUUUUGUAUGUAUAUGAAAUAAAAUAGAUCUGGAUAUUUAAUGGUUCA